UGCUGUUAUAAAAAUAUCACAUUACAAACUAAAGUCAGGUUGCUUUAGUCCAGUAAAUGUUCUCUUAACAUAAUGAGAAAUGUUCUCAUAAAAAUAUUAAUAGCAAUAUAAACAUUCUUUUACUUUCUAAAAAAUAAUUAAUGAUUUUACUGCAAAAAUACAUGUGUACCACAAUCUGAAUAUAGACAUUUUUACAAUUAUACUGAAAGACCUUUACAAAGUAUGAACUGUCAAUCAGACAACAGAAGGCAUGUCGCAGAUUGUGUGCAACAGAUUUUUCAGCAGUUUUGAUCAUGGUGAUAACCUAGAGGCCUUAAAAAUGUAUCAAAUACGAUACAGAAGGAAUUCCUAAACUAAUUUCUCAUCGUUUAACAGUGGAAUAUUACUGUAAAAGAAAAUGUGAAAGAUAUGUGACAUACAAAACUGCCCUGACUGUACUGUAAGUCUGUGCCUAAAUGUACUUUUGUACUUGCCCUCAUUUUCAAAAGCCUAAAGGCUGAAAGGGAAUUCCCAAAGACUCUCCUGUGAGAUUCAUUCUAGGGGUGACUUGACUAAAAUGUGUGUGUGUUUGGCAGAUACUGCUGAGUACAAAAACAGAUACCAUAAAAACAGUUUUCCACAGCAGCAGCACAGCUUGCUGCAGUAGUUAGUACACUGGCUUUAGGUAAGCACGUAUGUUGUUUAACUACUAGCUGUUCUGAAUUGGAGUGGUUAAUGCUUUAACAAUAGCAGUAAAUUAUUUGAGUUUAGUACCAUGUAGUAUCGUAAAGUGUAACUGAAGGAACAGUGUGAGGUCAGGUAUCAGACGACAAUAAAGGGGAAAGUUAUGCUGAGGAAAUCCAGAAAAAGGCGUCCGAAACAAGACAAUGAACGUGGACAGCUUCUUCUGGUCCCGCUGGUACAAGAACAGAAUGAGAUCAUGCAGAGGGAGUCUAGUCCUCUCUACGCUGCUGAUAUUAUCACUGAGCUCAAGAGACAGUUUGUGUUCCUGUCUGAGGAAGUUUUCACACUUGAUCCACUUGAUUUUUUUAAAGAGGACUCAAGUAAGAACACCCUGGGGAAGAGGACAGGAUGGAAGCCCUAUCAUUAUCUUUCCAGAGUUCCCUUCCUUUUGUGAAAUUGGAGACCAAGAGUUUCGUAAUGUUCUUACUUACCUGACAAGUAUUCCCAGUCUGAGUGCAGCGGGUGUGGGCUUCAUUGUAGUGAUCGACAGGCGCAGAGAUCGAUGGACGUGUUUAAAGGGGACAUUACUGCGUAUCUCAGGCUGGUUUCCUGGUAAUCUUCGGCUUGUUCUGGUGCUGAGACCCAGUGCUAUCCUGCAGCGAACUUUGACUGAUGUGUUCUUCAAACUCCAAAGAGAUGACUUUAAAGUACCGGUUAUCAUGCUAAGCUCACUAGCUGAUCUGCACUCUUAUAUUGAGCGGAGCCAACUGACACAAGAACUGGGUGGCUCUCAGUACUACUGCCACAAGACCUGGAUCUCUCAUCGCACAGAUCUUGAAAGCUUUGCUGCUUUAGUGAAGAGGAUGGCUGAGAGACUGCAAGUGUUCGGCAGGGAGCUGGCAGAAACAGAGCUCCCUAACAACCUCCUAACAGCCAGCAAUCUGCUCAAUGCACAAACCAGCAGAAAAGACAGUUUCAAAGAAGAGAUGGCAGGAGCUCUAAGCCAAGGACGCAAACUCUUGGAGAACAUCAGGGAACCGGUCCGCAGAGAUCCGGACAGCAGUCUAAACCCUGAUCAGCUAGAGAACCUUGCUACAGUGCACAGGCUGUUAUCCCAGUUAAAUGAGAGCUCUACAGCGUUUGAUGAGUUCUGGAUUCAGCAUCAAAAUAAACUGGAUCUAUGUUUGAAACUCUGCCAGUUUGAGCACAACUUUCAACAGUUGCGAACAGAGCUGGAGCAGACAACAGACACGCUGAAUGCUUUUUCAGACGUUGGAAUAAACUCUGCCCAAACAGAACACCUCCUUCAAGAGCUGACCAAUCAAGAGAAGAAAGCCUGUGAAGUGCUGGACAGAGUAAGGUCUGUGGUUGCCGAGGGCCAAUGUUUGAUUGACAGCUCUCAGAAUGUUGACAACACUGUUGCAGUGAAAUGCAGUGAGCUACAGAGAGUGAGAGAGAAUCUCACCCAAGAGCUCAAAGACAAGAGGACCAUGUUGACACAGGCUAUGGAGCUACAUAGAAGAUUGGAAAUGGUGUGUAAAUGGUGUGAUGAUGGGAUUUACAUGCUAGCGUCACAGCCUCUUGACAAGUGCCAGUCACAGGAGGGGGCGGAGUCAGCACUAUCAGAGCUGGAGUGUUACCUGGAGACAGCCAAUGAGAAACAGCAGUGGGAAAUCAGCACAGUUUGGCUGGAAUAUGAGAACAUACUGAACAAUGAGCUCAGGGAGCAAGUAAAGCGUGCAUUUGAAAAGAAAGCCUCACUUCAGGAGAUGUUUGAGAGGAGGAGGGUCAGUCUGAAGAAACUAGCAGCCAAACAAACACGACCUGUCCAACCUGUGGCCCCACGACCAGAGUCACUCUCAUCUCCUGCUCACAGGGAGCAUGAGAACAUCUGUAUUAGUGAGGACUCAGACAGCAGGGUGUCCUGUAAACAAGUAAACUCUGAUCAAGUUGACAGGAGCAAUCGCAAUCCUUCUGUAUCUGAGGAGGAGGAAACCCUGGCUGUUCUGCGCAGGCAUGUAAUGAACGAGUUACUAGAAACAGAAAGAGCAUAUGUGGAAGAGCUUAUGUGUGUUUUGCAGGGAUAUGCUGCAGAAAUGGACAACCCCUCCAUGGCCCUUCUCAUCCCUGCAGCCCUGCAGAACAAGAAGGACGUGUUAUUUGGGAACAUGCAGGAAAUUUAUAAUUUCCACAAAAGAAUAUUCCUCAAAGAGCUGGAAACUUACACUGACUGCCCUGAGCUUGUGGGCCGCUGCUUCCUGGACUGGAUGGGGGAGCUGCAGAUUUAUGAGAAAUACUGUCACAACAAGCCUCGUUCUGAGAGCCUCUGGAGGCAGUGCUCAGACUGCGCCUUCUUCCAGGAGUGUCAGAAGAAACUAGAGCACAAACUAGGACUGGACUCAUACUUACUGAAGCCUGUGCAGAGGAUCACUAAAUACCAACUCCUGCUGAAGGAGAUGAUUAAGUACAGUAAAGGCUGUGAGGGCUCAGUGGAGCUGCAGGCAGCUCUUUCCUCCAUACUGGGUAUCCUGAAGGCUGUAAAUGACUCAAUGCACCUCAUCGCCAUCACAGGAUAUGAGGGUAACCUUGGAGACCUGGGUCGCCUGCUGAUGCAGGGGUCGUUCAGUGUGUGGGCUGAGCAUAAGAGAGGUCACGUGAAGGUGAUGGAGCUUGCCAGGUUUAAGCCCAUGCAGAGACACCUGUUCCUGCAUGAGAAAGCCGUGCUCUUCUGCAAGAGACGAGAGGAGAGCGGAGAGGGAUAUGAGAAAGCACCCUCAUAUAGCUUCAAGCAGGAGCUCAGCAUGGCUGCUAUUGGAAUAACAGAGCAUGCUAAAGGGGACAGCAAGAAGUUUGAGAUCUGGUCCAGUUCAAGAGAUGAGGUCUACACAGUACAGGCCGCAUCUGAGGAGGUUAAGACCAUCUGGGUAACAGAGAUCCGGAAACUUCUAACAGGACAGCUGGAGGCCUGCAAAGUAGAGGCAAGUCAACAGAGGGCACCUGAGCAGUUCUCCUCAGAUACCAGCUCAACUAACAGACUGGUGAGAAAUGAACGUAGCAACCUCAGGAGUGGAGGAGUGGAGAAACCAAAGGCAGACGAGGAAAGAGUUAAAGAACUUGAGAACACUCUAGAGCCCAGAAUGACAGGGAGAGCAAAAGGGUCUUCAUUCAGUUUUGAGACAAAACCAAAACGACAGGAUAUCCGGAGUGACCCUACACCUCUAGAAACAGGGCCACACCCUUACAUGGGCGGAGUCAGGUGGUUCAGUACAUCAAGCCUGUUUCAAAAUCGUAGGAGAGGUACACAUACUGAGUACACACGUUGGACUAAAGGAUCCCUCUCAUUGGAUGCCUCUGUGGAGCAUGAUGGAUACUUUAGUGCAGAGGAGCAGGUGACCUCUGACCCAGAAGAGGAGAAGGAAGAUAAAAUGUGUGCAGAUGAGCUGCAGUCUGUGAGGAUAGAGGAAGAGAUCCAGUGUUCUGAAGAGACUGAGGUUCCUGAGAAAUGAGAGUUGAGUGUGAAUGUGUGUGUGUAUUGCCAUCAGUGUCCAGCAAAUACGCUAGGUUUCAUGCAUAACUCUUGAAAAUAGGGAAAUGGACAUAUAAACCAUUAACUUUGAAGUUUUGCAUACUCUUAAAAAUAAAGGUUUCUGGUAGAACCAAAGAGUUUUAAUGAAUAGCCUACAUGGAGAAAGCUGUCCAUUAGUAAUCACUUUCAUCUCAAUGGCAGUGUGACAAAAUGCUUUUUUGUCAGAAUAUGCAGCUAAUUUUAAAUGGCUUUCAAUGGAGAGAAAUGAUUUUUAGAACCAAACAUCUACCAGCAGAGGUCGUACUAACCAGCCACAAACAAAAAGUUAGUGCCAAAAAGGGUUUUACAGGACCUUUUUAUUCUUUAAAUCUAGAAGAAACCGUCUUGACCAACUGACAAACCUGUAACGUAAUAUAAAGAACUUUUUGACUCUCCAAAGAGCUGUAUACAGUGGAAAAUGACUGUUGUUAAGAGAGUUCUUUGCAAGAAGCUUUAUUUUUAAGAGUGUAGUCUUAGAAUGCACCAAUAUAAUGUGUUUUACAGAGACACCCGAGCCAGCUCUUUACACACCGUCUCAUAGUAUGCUGUGAUACGUUUCAUAUCCCUUAAAACUUAGUAGUUAUUUCUGUCACAGUAAUGAUGUCCAUAUUGGGAUAUGGCAUGUCUAUUGUCAAUUCCUGUGAUCUCCAAUGUGAAAGCAUGUGACAUAUCAUUGUGUACUGUACAAUGCAGGAAACUAGGACCUAUGUGUAAAACAAGCAUAUCAUAUAUGCAGAUGUUGUUUCUCAAAGUGACUGUGAUCACCCUGUGCCAUUUGUAUGUAAAUUAGGUUUACAAAUCAAUAUUGUUUUAUAUAUAUAUGCAUAUAAAAAUAAAA